CCAAUAGGCGGUGCUGGUUCCAGACUCUGCCACGGCUCAGCCUUCCCCACCCCACUCGUCGUCUCUCCCCUUCCUUCCCGCCGUCGUCGAAAGAGACCGGCGGCUGGCUCGGGCGGCGCUUACGGAAGGGUUAGGAGGUACUAGGCUCGGCUGCUGCCAUGUUCUCAAGGAUCUUUCAGCUCGGAACGCGGCUUCUGCGCGAGACUAGAGCUGGGGGCAACUUGACAAGCAAUAGCAUUAACAGCAGUUACUACCAAGGUCAACUCAGUAGGCAUUCAGCUCCAGCGAAGAGCAUCCUCUUCUCUACUGCGACAAGUAGUCAUGAAGGAAGCGAGGACAAGGAGAAAAUCUCUGUAACAUUUGUCAACAAGGAUGGCAGCGAGCAGACGAUCAGUGUUCCUGUUGGAAUGUCCAUGUUAGAAGCUGCUCAUGAAAAUGACAUAGAACUUGAAGGGGCAUGUGAAGGAUCGCUAGCCUGUUCUACUUGUCAUGUCAUUGUAAUGGAUGUAAAACACUAUAACAAGCUAGAAGAUCCAACAGAUGAGGAAAAUGAUAUGCUUGACCUUGCUUUUGGGCUCACAGAAACGUCUCGUCUUGGCUGUCAAGUAAUAGCAAAGCCUGAACUCGACGGUGUCCGACUCGCAUUACCUGCAGCUACACGAAACUUUGCAGUAGAUGGCUUUGUACCAAAACCACACUGAAGAAGGCAUACGAAUUCUUAGAGCACCAACAAUUUUGUACCUUAACAUGUAACUUCACUGCAGAAUGGUCUCCAAAAACUCAUGAUGUUUCCGGACAUUUUGUUACUUACAAGAUCAUUGUUUGUCUUUGCAACGGGCUCAGGUGAAUAAACAAUGCUUAGGCAUGUGUACACCAGACUGCUAGUGUCGUCUGUUCUCCCCCAUUCUCGGUAUACAUGUAUGCCUGCUGCCA